CUUUGUUUUCUUCUUAUUUUUUUUUUUUAAAUCUCAUUUAGAAAAAAAAAAUUAAAAAUAUAUAUAUUUUUUUCCACUCGAUGUUUAAUAUCUAUAUUAUAAUUUAAUUUAAUUUAAAUUUAAUUUAAUUUAAAUUUAAUUUAAUUUAAAUUUACUUCGAAAAGUGUCAUAUUGAAUGAAAAAUAUUUUCUAACAAAAACAAUUUCAGAAAUUUAAAUUUAAGACCUAAUUAAAAAUAAAGUAGUACUUAGAAUUUCUCUUUCUUCAAUUAUACAGCAAAAACUCUCUUUGUACGCGUAAUAAUAAAUUAACUAACCACCAAAACAACUUUUAUACCUUCCCUUGUUCCCACUCCAAAAGAAAAAAAAAAAACCUUAUCAACAAUCACUUAAAUCAACAACAAAAAAUUCAUUUCUCAUCUAUACAUACAAAAACCCCCUUCACCAUUUUCCUCCUCUAAAAAUCAAUAAUGUCUAAACAAACGAAACAGACAUACAGAGUCUGUUUCUGUUUUCGGCGGCGAUUCAAAGUAGUCGCCGUCGAGGCUCCAACAGAUGUGAAGAAAUUAUUUAAUGAUUACUCCGAUAACGGAGUAAUGACUGCGGAGAAUCUUCAACGUUUUUUAGUUGAGGUUCAAAAGGAGGAAAAUGCAAGUUUAGAAGAUGCACAAAAUAUUAUGAAUAAUCUUCAUGAACUUAAGAUCCUUAAUGUUUUUCAUAGAAGAGGUCUUCAUCUUGAUGCAUUUUUUAAAUAUCUCUUCGCUGAUAUUAAUCCUCCAAUUAAUCCUAAUCGCCGGAUUCACCAUGAUAUGAAUGCGCCUUUGUCGCAUUACUUCAUAUACACAGGCCAUAAUUCUUAUUUAACUGGGAAUCAAUUGAGUAGUGAUUGCAGUGAUGUCCCUAUAAUACAGGCCCUGCACAAAGGUGUACGAGUAAUUGAAUUGGAUAUAUGGCCAAAUUCCGCUAAAGAUGAUGUGGAAGUUCUACAUGGAGGAACGUUGACAACUCCAGUUGCGCUCAUCAAAUGUUUGAGGUCUAUCAAGGAACAUGCUUUUGCUGUAUCCGAGUAUCCUGUGGUAAUAACACUUGAAGAUCAUCUAACUACAGAUCUUCAGGCAAAAACGGCGGAGAUGAUCACUCAAACAUUUGGAGACAUGCUGUUUUCUCCCGAUGAAUGUUUGAAAGAGUUUCCAUCCCCAGCAACACUGAAAAGACGUGUUCUGAUAUCAACUAAGCCACCUAAAGAAUACCUUAAGGCUAAGGAAGUUAAGGAAAAAGACUCAACGAAAGAAAAGGAUCAAGAUGAUACAGAAGCUUGGGGAAGGGAAGUUUCAGACCUUAAAGCCAGAUACAAUGAUAAGGAUGACUCUGAUGAAGCAGAAGCCGACGACGAUGAUGAAGAAGAUCCUACCUCGCAGCCAAAUACAGCACCAGAAUACAAGCGUUUAAUUGCCAUUCAUGCUGGAAAGGGAAAAGGUGGACUGUCUGAUUGGCUGAGGGUUGAUCCUGAUAAAGUAAGACGACUUAGCUUGAGUGAGCAAGAACUUGGAAAGGCUGUAGUUACUCACUCAAAAGAAAUUAUCAGGUUCACUCAGAGGAACAUACUGAGAAUAUACCCAAAGGGCAUACGUUUUGAUUCAUCUAAUUACAAUCCUUUUAUUGCAUGGACACAUGGAGCUCAAAUGGUGGCAUUCAAUAUGCAGGGCUAUGGAAGAUCACUUUGGUUAAUGCAUGGUAUGUUCAGAGCCAAUGGUGGUUGUGGAUAUGUUAAGAAACCAGAUAUACUACUGAAAGCAGGUCCCAACAAUGAGAUCUUCGAUCCUGAAGCAAAUUUGCCUGUCAAAACUACAUUGAAGGUCACCGUAUUUAUGGGUGAAGGAUGGUAUUAUGACUUCGAACACACACAUUUUGAUGCAUACUCUCCUCCAGAUUUCUAUGCGAGGAUAGGAAUUGCUGGAGUUCGUGCUGACGUAGUAAUGAAGAAAACAAAGACUCUAGAGGACAAUUGGAUACCAACAUGGGAUGAACAAUUUGAGUUCCCAUUAACAGUUCCAGAAUUGGCUCUACUCCGUAUAGAAGUUCAUGAGUAUGAUAUGUCCGAAAAAGAUGAUUUUGCUGGCCAAACAUGUUUGCCUGUUUCAGAACUUAAACAAGGUAUCCGCGCAGUACCACUCCACAACCGCAAGGGAGAGAAAUACAAUUCUGUCAAACUACUUAUGCGUUUUGAAUUUAUGUAACUCUGUGAGUUCUGUUUUGUUAUGUUCUGCUUUGUGGAAAUAAAGAUUCUGCAUGCUUUGCAGGCUUGCUUCUGCGUGUUUUGUGGUACAUUGUGCAUCUUUGUUAAUAUGUUCUGAGAUGUAAAUAAGUUUUUGUAGUAAAAUGUGUGCCAAUAUUUUUUGUAAAAUCGUUUAGAUAUUGUGUAUUUUUCUCAUUGUAUAUGCUGAGAUGUGUAUAUGUGUGUGGAAAACUUUUCCCCUUUUCAUUGUGGUUUGUAUUGCUGCAAUCAAGUAUAAGAUUUAGUAACAA